AAAUUAUUAAAAAAUAAACUAGUAAAAAAAUAAAUGCCGAUUGAUGUGCACCCGUCCACACCUCGAUGCACUUGUUGAAUGAAGUCGCUUAAAAAACUACACACGUAUUUAUUUCCGGCUAACGUACGUACGCUUCCACUGAGACACGCCCACAGACGUUGACGUGUUUUGUUUUUUUCCCCAGCUGAGGUUAAGUCAGUUUCGGUGGAAAAAAACGGUAAGAUUCCCUUGUCUCCACAGUGAAUGAAGAAAACAUCCCAGCAGCACAAUGUCAUCUUUGGCCACAUUGGGCCAAACUGGAGCCAGACUCAUUGCACCUCACAGAUGGAGUAGAUUUCUCAAGAAAAAUCUGUUCACGUGUUUGCUAAGCAGGGGCAGAAAUGUGGACCUUUCCCUUGUCAGCACCUCCGCUGUCAACCAUUACAGAAACUUCAGUGCCACAGCUGCUCAAAGGAGUGCUUCGCCAUUACCUGCAUCCAAUGAGAAAACACCAUCUUACAGUUAUGUUAUUGUUGGUGCUGGUUCAGCUGGUUGUGUCUUAGCCAACCGCCUCUCAGAGGAUGCCCAUGAGUCUGUGCUGCUGCUGGAGGCUGGGCCUAAAGACAUGUUUCUCAGCAGCCUGCGACUGUCAUGGAAGAUUCACAUGCCAGCUGCACUGACCUACAACCUCUGUGAUGACAAGUAUAAUUGGUACUACCACACUUUACCUCAGGCUCACAUGGACAACAGAGUAAUGUACUGGCCAAGGGGUCGAGUCUGGGGUGGGUCUUCUUCACUUAAUGCCAUGGUGUACAUCCGUGGACAUGCUGAAGACUACAACCGCUGGCAAAGAGAGGGAGCAGAGGGCUGGGAUUACGAUCACUGUCUGCCUUACUUCAGAAAAGCUCAGUGUCAUGAACUGGGAGAAGACAGGUACCGAGGUGGCAGUGGACCUCUGCACGUGUCCAGAGGGAAGACCAACCAUCCCCUCCAUAAGGCUUUUAUUGAGGCGGGGCAGCAGGCAGGAUACCCCUUUACUGAUGACAUGAACGGAUACCAGCAGGAAGGCCUGGGGUGGAUGGAUAUGACCAUUUCUAAAGGGAAGCGGUGGAGCACAGCCAGUGCCUACCUGAGACCUGCUCUUGGACGACCCAACCUGAAGACAGAGGUACGCUGCAUGACUACCAAGAUCCUGUUUGAUGGCAACCGAGCUGUGGGUGUGGAAUACACACAAAAAGGACAGAAAAAACAGGUUUUUGCAGAAAAAGAAGUGAUACUGAGCGGAGGAGCCAUUAAUUCCCCUCAGCUUCUCAUGCUGUCUGGGGUGGGAAACGCAGAUGACUUGAAACAACAUGGUAUCCCUGUGGUCCAGCACUUACCAGGGGUUGGCAGUAAUUUGCAGGAUCAUUUGGAGCUGUAUGUCCAGCAGCAGUGCACGCAGCCCAUUACGCUGUACAAGGCCCAAAAACCCUUUCACAUGGUCAAGAUUGGCCUGGAAUGGCUCACCGUGUUUACUGGAUAUGGUGCAACAGCACAUCUAGAGAGUGGAGGUUUCAUCCGGAGUCGGCCGCACGUUACGCACCCUGACAUCCAGUUUCAUUUCCUGCCCUCGCAGGUCAUUGACCAUGGACGGGUCGCUUCCAAGAUUGAAGCUUAUCAGGUUCAUGUAGGACCAAUGAGAAGCACUAGUACUGGCUGGAUGAAGCUUAAAAGUGCAAACCCUUUGGAUCACCCGAUACUCCAGCCCAACUAUCUUUCUACUGAUAUUGAUGUGUGGGAGUUCAGGGAAUGUGUCAAACUAUCCAGAGAGAUUUUUGCCCAGAAGGCCUUUGAGCCAUUCCGUGGACCUGAGGUUCAGCCCGGUCCUCAGAUCCAAUCAGACGCUGAGAUUGAUGCCUUUGUUCGUAGAAAAGCAGACAGCGCGUACCACCCAUCUUGCACCUGCAAGAUGGGCUCCCCUUCAGACACGAUGGCUGUUGUUGACCCAAGCACGCGGGUUUUGGGCCUCGAGCGGCUCCGUGUAGUCGAUGCUUCUAUCAUGCCGAGCGUUGUCAGUGGCAACCUGAACGCUCCGACCAUCAUGAUAGCAGAGAAAGCGGCUGACAUCAUCAGAGGUCGCCCUGCAUUGGUCGACUCCGGGGUUCCAGUGUAUCAUCCACCAACACUCGACACACAAAGAUAAGCAGAGAGGAGGAGGGUAUGUGGUGCUCACAAAUGGCAUCCCUCUGGUUUAAAGGUUCUUUGUGUAAAAUAGUGGAGUUUACAAACAACUGAAAGCGCCACCCUCCAAUCCAGUGCCCAGAAAAUGUGACAGUAUUAUUCAUUCUAGAAUAUUUAGUCAAGUGAGACUUUGGUCCACAGUAUGUGACAUGCAUCUUAACACUACAUUACGUCUGUAUUAAAUAGUCUGUACUGUACAGAAACAACAGUAAAGCAUGGCAGAUCCCACUAUAAUAUACUGUAACAUAAACAGAAUGGCUCAUUCUACAGUAAUGAAAUUCACAAUGGUUCUUAUUUUUGCAUUAUUAAAACCUAAUUACAAAUAUUUUUUUACAUUCAUACAUUUCAGGACGUCAUCCCAGUCUCCUCCACCCCUGUCUCCCACAAUCUAAAGACAUGCACCUUAAUAGGUCUGUCCAAAUCACCCAAAGUGGUUGUUCGUUUGUGUAUGUCAGCCUUGCAACAAGCUGGUGACAUUUCCAGUUUGUAACCCUCCUUCACCAGUUGGUACCUAGGAAAGGCUCCAACACAUCCAUAACUCAAGGAUGAAGUGGUUUGGAAAAUGAAUGGAAUAUUCCGUUGCUGCAAGUAGAUCCCCCUGAGUCUCCCUAAAUCUUACAUACUGAACCUUUAAACCAGUUUUAUCCAUAACAACACUAGACAUAUCACUAGUGAAGCCAUAUGAAAGGCACAUGUUUCAGGGAGUUGAUUGUAUUUGUCCUGAUCAAAUAUUAUGAUCAUGUCUCAACACACCUCAUUUGCACACAAUAUAUGAAUGGAUUUAGAAUACAGAAAUGAAGUGGCCAAUAGUCACAAUCUAAUAAUGUUAAUGAAGGACCUUGUAUAUAAUUCACCAAUGUUUAAUGCAGUCGAAAUAUCUGUUGCAUUUCAAUUGUGCCGUUAUUUCUUCUCGUGAGAAAGGCUACUCUGUGGCUUGCGUAAAAUUAAAGAUGUUAUCUAAGUAAUAGAAUAAUCAUUAAUAGUAUUAAAUGGGAUUACAGUUACUGAAAACAUUAAUAACACUUAAAUACUCUCGUCCAUUUUUAGUGAGUUUAGUUAAAGCCAACUGUUCAGGUUAAUGUUAAACUUCUCAAGCUGCUGCUGGGAAUCAAAACUGGAGGAUAAAAGUAAAGCUGAUGAUCAAAACUUCUACUUCAUCGGGUGUUUACUACUUUGAGUUGCACAAUCUACCUUCUCACCCUAAAUUGUUACUACAGAAAAUUGUAGUGAUGUAAUGGAAAAGUCUUCACGUUAGCCUUUAUUGCAUCAUAAAUGAGAACGAAGCACUAACUUUGGCAAGUAUUGUGUGUUGACUGUUCAACGGACCAUAUGUUUUAAAUAAUGCACAAGUUAACAAACAGAGGUGAAAUAGGCUCAUAAAACUUGGAUAUUUUCAGAGUAAACAACAGCCUAGAUAAUUGUUUCCUUAAUUAAUUCAUGAUGCCUUUUUCCCAUCUACAACUGACAGUACUAAAGAAAGAAUGUCACUGUCGGAAGAACCUUUAUAUGAAAUGUUUCUGUUCUUUUUUUUUUUUUUUUUUUUUUUUUUUUACUGAAAUCUUUCGAUCACAGCACGUUGUACUCGAAAACAGUUUCUACAAAAUCCUGAGUCGAUCAUAACACAAUGUCCUCUGCUGCUUUGUGUCAGCGGUCAGUCCUUAGAGUCUGGUGUCCUGUUGUCUGAUAAUCAGCCACUCUGAUUUCUGCAGACACACACGCGCACACACACACACACACACACACACACACGGUUUACACUGUUGCUGUCAAAUAACCCUUUUUUUUUCUGCCUGUUGAGAUUACUUAUCACCAAGGAAGCACUACUGUUCCUUCCUGCUGACAUGCAGAUUGAGUUUAAAAAGCCUUUUGCAGAAAUUAUGAGCGAUUGCAAGAUCCACCUGUAGUAAAAAAAUGCACUUAGGCCUUUCGUUUAUAGUUUUAGCUUCCAAUAGCUGUACCACUUCUUGUUCAGUUUUGCAGUGGUGAAUAUGUGACCAAAGGUUCUUUACAGUGCUUUGUUUGUACAGCUGAGUUCUCUGGAAAAGCUCUAACCCACACACACACACACACACACACACACACACACACUCUACGGCUUUGCUCAGACAGAUCAAUUUUAUCUCUCAAAUUAGAUCUUUAGUACAGACUGUCUAUACCGGUUGUAACUGGUCAUAUCUGCUCGGGCUGCCUUAGAACAUACAGUGUAGUGAUCAGUAUCUACGUAGCUACACUAAUGAUGCAGUAUUGUAAUCCUUUCAGCUUCACCUUUUGACGUCAAUGUACUGUCCGAACCCGUUUUACCAGAGACAAAUUAGAUCUUUUUGGGAGGAAACAUCACAAAAGCUGCAUUGCACACGCUGGCAUCAAAAAACAGAUAAAAGCGACACAUCAUGUGACAAAUAAAAAGGAAAGAGGUUAAACUAUAUAUUGAAUCAGAAUAGUCCAGUUUAGAAUGUUUCAGAUUUUCUACCGAGAGUUGCAUCUUUAAGUUAUGAGUAUAAGAAUACAUACAUGGGCCAGAAGAAUGCUUUUUUGAUCAUUUGAUUGAUUUUUGCACUUGAUUUUUUUUUUUUUUUUUUUUUUAAUUGGAAUCUGACUUUUCAGCUUUCAUAUUGUUAAAUUUUCAACAACAAUAAUAAUAAUAAUAAUGGAUUAGAUUUCUAUACCUAUUUCUAUAGCGCUUUUCAAGGCGCCCAAAUCACUUUACAUUAUUGAUCCAUUAUUCAUUCGCUCUCACAUUCUGGGCAGACUGAUGGAAGCGUGGCUGUCAAUUUGCCAGUUCGCUUCAAACGGCCCCUCCAAUCACCACCAAACAUUCACAUGCACUGAUACCAAAGUUAUUAUCGUUAACGAAAACUAACGAAAUGACGAAAACAAGAAUUGAAAAAACAUUU